GGACCGAGAGCGGGCAUGGAGGCUCUGCGGCUACUGCUGAGUCCCGCGACAGGGGUCGGCGGCGAAGCUUGUGCCUCAGGGAAGGGUGCUGGCCUCCUGCUGCUCGGGGAGCCGGGCUCCGGGAAGACGGCAUUGCUGUUCGCGGCGGCCCUGGUGGCAGCGGGGGAGGGUCGGGGCCCAGUGCUGUUUGUGGCUCGGAGGGCCCUCCAGAGCCUGCCUCCAGGAUGGAAGGCCGGAGCUGCUAGGGACCCCCUGAGGCUCCAGAAAAUCCACUUCCUGUACCCACCGUCCUUGCGGGAGCUGCUGCAGCUCCUCAGCUCCAUCCAUGAGACAGCAGCCCAGCCUCCCUCCCUCCUGCUGCUGGACGGAAUAGAAGAGUACUUGGCAGAGACCUCUGGAGCCCAGGCGUGUGCCCACCUGGCAGCCCUGCUGGUAGACACGGCCACCUACUUCUCAGGCUGCUCGGGCAGUGGCUGUGGACUCCUGGUCACCAUGCGAGGCCCUGCUGAGGCUGAGCCAGAUGCAGCUGCCCUCCAGCUGGCGGUGCUCCAGAGAUACUUGCCCACGUGCCUCUGGCUAGAGCCUGAGCCCCCAGAUCUGGGAGAGACACGGUCCCAGGACUCCGAGCAGUGCUUCAGGGCCCGUCUCUCCAGCGGGCCAGGCUUCCCCAAGCAGGAAUGGUGCUUGAGUUUUGGACACAAUGGUGAGAUGGCCAUUUCCCAAGUGACCCACCAAGCUCAGAAAGUCGAGCCCAGCAGCCCCAGCUGAGAACCUUGGUCGGGGUGGGGGCAGCCUUCAUGGGACCUUGUCUCUCCCCAGCCACAUUGCGUUUGUAUCUGAGAGCAGCUGUCUAGAGGUGAAUGGAGGCACUGUCAUGGGUGUAAGUCCAGUUGGAUCCUGACAGCUGUGCCUUCUUGCCACUGUUGGGUAAAACACUAUGACACUGUCUGUAGCAUCCCCAACAAGCUUCCUGUGCUGGGGCUCCGGGGUUGAGGACCCUGACCAGGGCUGUGGGCCAGGUGUAUGGAAAGAGCUGUGGAACCUGGGCAGUGGAGGGCAUGGGGGAAGGAAGGUGAGCUGACCUUGUCCUUCUUCUGACAUGGAAUAAAUGAUGU